AUGAUCAACACCGCGAAACUGGUCAGCUGGAAUGACAACCCACCAGAAUUCGGUCUCCAGAGCCCAAAACCUGUUCAUCCGUCGCUACAGUGUGACAUGCUCGUCAAAGUCGGGCCAAAGCUGGACAUUGAUGGCGUCGAUCUUGUCUUGAACUGUGCAAGCACAAGGGAAGGAAGAAGGACCACGAUGGCUUCUGAAGACCAAUUCCGGUCUGAGAUUGGAGAGUUUGAAAGAAUCUUGAAGAAAUUCAAAAUGCCAGACGACCCACUGAGGCAACAAUACGCCGAUGAUCUACUUCAAAGCCUGGUUGCGGCUAGAAAUUUGGAUCAGUCAGAAGCCAGGCACAGCAUCCCAGCUAAAGAAAUCGUCACGAGUUCAUUUUUACGACUUCAAGAAGAUUUAGCUGUCUACCUCGACCGCAUCCGCACUUCUCUCGCCACCGGAGACCCCCGGGCAGAAUGGCUCAGGGCUGGUGGUAUCUGGCCAUGUGAAUCCCCACUCAGCCUUCUCACAUUACUAAGGUCGACGGCUACACAUGAGUUUGGGCCCGGUAUGAAGGAAGCGCUGGUACACUGUGGUGUUACCUUCGCCAACUUACAGCGAUUAGCACGCAUUUUGCGUGCACUGUCUCGAGAUGAUGGAAGAGCCCUGACUGAAGAGAUGCGGAACCCUGGACACGAGAAUUGGUCGCCUUUUGAGAUGACCGAUUGGCUAUUGAUAGAGAUUGACAGCAACCUCUUGAUACGGCCUGAGCAAGUAGACGUAGCUCGAGCUAUCAUCGACCCGCAUUCUAAACAGAACAGCGUACUGCAGAUGAACAUGGGAAAAGGUAAAACAUCUUGUAUUGUACCCAUGGUCAUCGCCGCGCUUGCUGAUGGCAUGAACAUGUCCCGCCUAAUAGUUCCCAGAGCGCUACUCAUGCAGACGGCUCAGACGGUGCAGUUGCGGCUGGGGGGUCUCGUGGGACGUGAAGUCCGCCAUCUUCCAUUUUCUCGGAGAACCCCAACCACGCCAGAGAUGCUGGAACUUUAUGCGGAAAUUCACCGUGAUGUCCGGGCCAAGAAUGGAUUGAUACUCACAAGCCAUGAGCAUGUGCUAUCGUACGAACUUAGCGGCAAGCAACAACUCGUCGACAACAAGCUUGAAGUCGCACGCAAAAUGAUGAGCUUUCAGAGUUGGCUAAACAAAACUUGUCGCGAUGUCCUUGAUGAGUCCGAUUUCACUCUGUCUACCAAGACUCAGCUCAAUUAUCCGAGCGGCUCUGAAACCGCGGUUGAUGGUCAUCCUGGCCGUUGGCAGGUUAGCCAAGGACUCCUGGCGAUGGCUUUCGGGCACAUGGCAUCUCUGAAACGAAGAUUCCCCGGCAGUAUUGAUGUGAUCAAAAAAUCUGCGUCUAUUCCUGAGGUACGUUUCUUGAGGAAUGAUGUAGAAAUUGCGCUACACACACUCCUACUAGAGGGUAUCUGCACCGGCAAAACAACAUUGCUCCGUUCUGCCGGCCCGAUCAAUGUCAAGGCAAAAGCAGCUAUCCAGAAAGUGCUCUGUGAGGAGGAGUACGAUCAAUCCGCAUUCAGCACAGCGACCACUGCGUUCAUCAAUGAUGCGGCAGCAACGAAAAAACUUCUUGUCGUUCGAGGUUUACUUCUCAACAAGAUUCUAGUCUUACGUCUCAGCAAGCGGUGGAACGUUCAUUAUGGUUUGCAUGCAGGUCGGCACCCCAUUGCGGUUCCCUUCGAGGCAAAAGGUACCCCAUCAGAACAAUCAGAGUUCGGGCAUCCAGAUGUCGCCAUUCUCUUCACUUGUCUUGCAUUCUACUACAGUGGCCUCGCGCAAAAUCAAUUCCGUGAGAGCUUGCAGCUCGUACUGCAGUCAGACGACCCAGCUGCGCAGUAUGAGAGAUGGACGUCAGGUUGCAAGGGCAUACCACCAGCCCUUCUACACUGGAACAUGAUCAAUACUGAUGAUAAAGCACAAAUGGAGUUACUGUGGCGGCACGUCCGCCUUGAUCGUGUCGUUGUCGAUCACUACCUGAACCACUUCGUCUUCCCUGCCCAUGCCAAGCAAUUUGAGGUCAAACUUCAGGCUUCCGCAUGGGACGUACCUCUCUUCAACCCAGAGGCACCGGGCGGUGCCAGGACGACUGGAUUCAGCGGGACAAAUGAUAAUAGAACACUUCUCCCGUUGACUAUCCAGCAAGAUGAUCUCUCGAGUUUGAGACACACAAGUGCAGAGGUCCUUCUGUAUCUUCUACAGCCUCGCAACCGCGGCUAUCAUGUGAUGAUAGAAUCAUCAGGCAAGCCACUUACAGAGCAUCAGCUCCUAGAAAGGCUCUGGGCUAACAAUAUCCGCCUUCUCAUUGACGCUGGCGCUUACGUCCAGGAAAUGGAUAACCAGACACUCGCCAAAACGUGGUUGAGUGUGGACCACAAAGCCAAAGCCGCUGUUUACUUCGGUCAAGACAACCGCGCCUACGUUCACUAUCGUAGCGAGAUAAAGAAUGAUGUGCCACUCUUGGCGACGCCAUUUGCAGACAAUCUGGAUGAGUGCCUUGUAUAUCUAGACGAAGCGCACACGCGAGGAGUCGACUUGAAGUUUCCCCUUUCCGCCCGUGGUGCUUUAACGUUGGCACUGAAGCAGACCAAGGAUUUCACGAUGCAAGCUGCUAUGAGACUUCGGCAACUAGGCACAACACAGUCUGUGACCUUUUUUGCGCCCCCUGAUGUCGACAGAAGCAUCAAAGACUUUUGUAGCUUGCAGGAACACGGCAAAAUUGACUCAUCACAUGUUGUGUCUUGGCUCUUGGAGCAGACGUGCCGAGUUAACGAAGACCUACAAACCCUGCAUGUUGCCCAAGCUGCUCGACGUUUACGGCAGCCCGAACGCCAGACACUGGAGCAUUUAUAUGGAGCAGACUUUCUGAAGACAUCCAAGAGAGGCCAUCAGCAUUUAUUAAUCCCUACUUUGAGAGACUUCACCGAAACACUCUCAAAGCAUACAAGCCGCCGGAGCUUGCUACCCGCUGGUGCACUGGAUGAGGUGGAGCAAGAGCGUGAGGUCCAAGUACAACUUGAGCAAGUCCGGCAAACACAGAGGCCUCCGCGAUACCAGUCCCUAACAUGGCCGGGCCUCCACCCUGCGAUAUCGCACUUUGUCCGGUCAGGGGUACUUUCUGGGCCGUCGUUCCCUAAUGCGCUCACUUACGUUGGAUGCACCACCCUCGGUGUUAAACACGGCGUCCGAGGAACAGGAUCCAGCCUCUCCGUGUCAAAGGAGUUCAUGAGAACCGUCGCAGAUCCAGCUCCAGCUGACAACUUCAUGCGCCCAGUGGAAUGGAUACUAUGGAGUCCAUUGACCGAAACUGCACUUGUGAUCACUCCCGAAGAGGCCGAAGAGUUGAUACCUUCUCUUCGGCUAGACGGCAUUACUGCACGAGUCCAUCUGAUCGCCUAUGCUGCACCCGCCACGAGAGCCAUGCUGUGUUUCAAUGAUAUGCGCUACUAUUGCCUUCCGGCCCUUCCGAAAGAGCAUAAUUUUCCCACUUGGUUCAGAUUCGAACUCGGUAUUUUGGCAGGACGACUCUUUGUUGAACCGCAAGAAUGGGACUUCUUGACAGCAAGUCUAGGCUUGUCCGUGACAAAGACUGAUGAUUGCUCUGAGGUCUCCGAGGAAACAACACACUCAGCCAUGAAAGGCCCUACAAUCAAGUUUUCGGACGAUCCUGCUGCUUUCUUGUUGGACUGGCUCGCAUUCCGUCGCAAAACUGAAGACGUCCUCCACACGCCAAUGGGGUACAUCUGUACCGGCCGAAAGUUGGAUGAGAACUAA